GACCCCCAGAACUUGGAGCUCACAUGAUAGAGUGAUGGAGAAGAUCAUAACAGUAGCAGCCAUUACAAUCACAGCUCCCAACAUAGCUCGCAAGGCCUUCAUCCUCCAUCCGCUUGCUGUGACUUUCACCCACGGUGGGCACUUUGACACGAUCGUUUGUGGUGGGCACUAAAUGGAAAAAUGGAGGCUGCGAUUUUGGGGAGUUGUCUGUGUGCGUGUGGAGCGGUGUGUACGAUAUGGAGACGAGGCGGAGGGGAGGUGGGCAGGAAAGUACGGCGGACUAUACUCGCUGUCUGCGUGGUGGCCUCCUUCGUCUCAUUCUACUUUAGUCUUUCUUCCUCACCUCGUGUCCCGGGAGUUCAGGAAAAGUGCAGUGAACUGCUCAGUGACACCUGUCCCCUCUGUGAGAGGGGAGGUGGGUGUGGUGACUCGUCACCAGUGGUUCCAUGCAGUGGGCUAUUCUCUGGAUGACUUGAGAGUCCACUGGGCCUUUCCUCUCCAUCCUGGGACUGAGGACACCACCACUUCUCUCAGGAGAGAUUUUGACCAGAAGGCCUGGAAGGCAGUGGGAGGCAAGUAUGCUCACAGGACAUUUGGCUACCUUGUUCCUCCAGUCACAGGUCAGUAUGUCUUCCAGGUUAGCCUCUCUGAGACAACUGCUAAGGCCUCCGUGGAGUUCUGGCUCAGUCCAACCUUUCACCCCUGGCAGACCCUCCUUCUGGCAUUUUCCUCCCUCUCAGACAAGAGAAUUCGGAGCAACAGUUCCAAAAGUCAAGAAGUUUUUCUACAGUCAUGUGGUGUCUACUACUUUGAGUUUCUGGAACAAUCUUACAACGGCAGAGCAGUAGCUGAGGUCUUGUGGAAGUUGUCUGGUGCGUGGAGUUUAGUGAAGUUCCUAGUUCAGCUCUGGCCAAUGUCAAGACCAAUAAUCCUGGUCUGUUUAUGAACUUGCAGCUGCCCACUAUGGCUCUACAAAGACACGAUAAACAGGUGUUUGUAGGAGACAUGGCAACUGCAGUCACAGAAGUGGAGGUGUUGCCACAGUGUGAGUACCAGUCGGUGAUGGCCUACCCUCACCAGCUGAAAACAUACUGGGGGACACAAAGAGGUGGUUUGGGCCCACAUAUACCCCAGUGGAGAUACAGGGACACAUCUAGUAUCACAGACAUUUGCUAUGAAGAUACUGGACAUGUACAGCAAGGUGUACAAUGAGAGUUCACACAGAGGAGAGGUGUUGGGAGUUCAUUACAUGGACACAACUGACAACAUGAAGAACAACUAUCUUGAUGAGUCAGACAGCCAUGCUGUCGCUGGCACAAGAAUACUGUUGGAGAUGGAUAUCAAGAAGGAUGAAGAGGUACUCCACACGUCAGAGUACGUGUACCUGGCAACAGGAGCCAGCAGCCUCUGCCACACCUCCAACUUCCAGUGGAAGAGAAAUGUAGACGUGUACCUAGUGGUGUCUGUCAAGAACUUGGGAGUCUGGGUCCAGCACCUCAUCCAUAACGUGGAGCACAUCUACAAAGUGACGGGAGACGAGAGAUUUGAGCUAGUGAUAGUGGACUACCAGAGUGGAGACUUGGAUGUGGCGGCAGAGCUGAGGGCCUCUUCUCUUCCCAGAUGGAAGGUGAUCAGCAUGACUGGAGGCUUCUCUCGCAGUGGAGGGCUCCAGGCCGGCAUCGACUACGUGACGAACCCCGACGCAAUUGUGAUGACCAUUGACAUGCACCUCACUCUACCUCCCGGCUUUGUGGAGUACACUCGCAGGCAUGUGGUGCAGGGGAAGAUGGGGUUUGCCCCUAUGUUCUAUCGGCUGAAUGAGGGAAGAACAGAGGUGACUAGGGCAGGAUUCUGGGAGACUCUGACAUAUGGGCUACUGGGGAUGUACAAGAGUGACUGGACCACUACUGGAGGAUUCGACGUACAGAAAUACACCACCAAAUGGGGUGGGGAGGACUGGGACGCUGUGGACAGGCUUCGAAGUAAAGGACUGGAGCUUUUCAGACUGGGAUACCCUGGAUUAGUGCACUAUUAUCACACCAGAGCUGGCAUGUGGGGACAUUAGCGAUCCGUCCAAUUUUUUUAAUCACUUUUUCUUUUUUUCCCGUUAUCCCCCACGUG